AUUUGUUGGAGGAAUACGCCCUAGUCCCUCGCGCGCCGCCCGCGAAGUGAGUAAUCAGUCACAAAACGUUAUAUAAAAAAUCCGCUGUUCUGUUUGCGCUUCCCCGAAAUGAAAAAUACUCCUGAGGUCCUCGGGAGCUUUCCGAUUCACUCCGGGCUUCAUCUUCGCUCUCGAUCUGUCAGUACGGGAGGGAAAGGAAGGCAAGGUGUGGGGUAUUACAUAUGCUGACACCUCAGUUUCUCUGACAACUUUUGGGUUAUUUAAACGCUAAUGCGGUUCUCUUUCUACUGUUAAUUGGAUCCAAAGACAUGCAAAGAGGCCAAUUUCGAACAAUAGAGACUUCUUCUUUAGUGUCUAUGCUUUCUGAAGUGUUCAUGGAGAACCUUCCCAUGGAAGUUGUUGGUAACAUUCUCUCGCAUCUAGGAAAUGCAAAGGAAGUUGUCAUUGCCUCUUCGACAUGCCGCAAAUGGAGAGAAUCAUUCAGAAAACACCUCCAUACCCUUUGCUUUUGCUCUCAUGAUUGCCCUAUUUACCGCGACCUCACUACUAGACGGCUUGAAGUCAUCAUAACUGAGACUAUAUUCCAAACAGUCGGCCUUCAGUGCCUUUCACUUUGUAUGGACUAUGUACAUGAAUUCUCAGCUGCAGCUGUGAUUGCUUGGCUCAUGUAUACUAGGGAAACCCUAAGGAGUCUGUCUUACAAUAUUCAUACUGUGCCUACUGUUAACAUUUUGGAGAAAUGUAGUCGACAGAAGCUUGAGGUGUUAGAGUUGGACCACAAUCCCAUCUUCGGGGUUGAACCAAGCUACCAGAAAUUUAAUUCCUUAAGAUCCUUUACCCUAAGACAUGUUAGUGUCUCUGCUUUUGAUAUAAGCCUGCUCUUAGCUUCCUGUCCAAAGAUAGAGACUCUCACCCUUGUUUCUCUGGAAAUUAUGACAUCAGAUUCACAAUCAUCCAUGGAACUAAGCAGUCUAACAUUGAGGAGCUUAUAUGCCAAAGCAUUAAAUGUUGAUAAAAUAGUUUUGGAGGCUGAUAAUUUGGAGACUUUGCACUUUUAUUCAUUAAAUCUUGAAGUUUUUGAGCUAAAUGCAAAAGGUGCCUUGAAUAAUAUUAAACUUGAUGAUGUCAGUAUUGUACAUUUUGAUGCUUGUGAAAGCAUUGACCAAUUGGAGGUCAUAGAUUUCAGCAUCUCUACAAUCUCAUGGCCAAAAUUUUACCAAUUGGUUUUUAGGUCAUCUAGACUUAGAACACUCCGGCUUUGGGGUGUCGUUUUUGUGGAUGAGGAUGAGAUCAUGGACUUAGAGAAUCCUACUACUCGUUGUCCUCACCUUAAGCAUCUUUGUUUGAGUUAUGAGAUAAGGGAUGGCUUGUUUCAUAAUGGUUUACAUGACUCAUUAUCUCUUGAGAAUGUCACAACAUUGGAACUGGGAUGGUCAGUUAUAAGUGAGCACUUUGGUCAAUGGGUUUUUGGUAUGGUUGAUCAAUGUCCUAACCUUAAGAAUUUAGUCAUCCAUGGUGUUCUAUCCGACCCCAAGACUCGUGAAGAAUGCCAAAUGCUUGCUAGUUUUACAUCAUCUGUAGUUUCUGUCAUGAGGAAAUACAUGCAUGUUGAUGUGCGUUUUGAAUAUGCAUGAGUGGAUUCCUGCAAAGGUUCAUAUCUUUGUUCAUCUUCAAUUGUACAAAGACGCACUUUGAACUCAAGACUAGGCAAUCAGACGGGCCCUGGCAUUUUGCGAUGCCAAUUGAGCUCUUUCUUCAGUAGAAUGCAACGUCAUUGUGCCUUUUUUUGGGUUCAGUUGGGAAAUUAUAUAUUUAUAUUGUCUAACCUAUAGCUAACCUGAUUUUUCUUCCAACAUAGGAUGCUACAGUGGAGCAGUUUUUGGUUUCUUUUUUGUUUUUGCUGGAAGCCUGGAAUGUGAAAUUCUUUCAUUUCUUUCAUCUUUGCAUUCUUUUCUGUGGAAUCAGUCGCAGCUUAGACUGGAGUUUGAUUCAAAAUUUAGCCUUCGUAUAGAAGAAAUGUUCCUGAAAGGAGGUACUUGUUUACAAAUAAAUUGAUCUUUGUUAGUAAGAUCUGCUUAGAAUGUUCUAGUUGUCUUUAAGAGUGGUUGUCAAUUUAUUCUCUGAGAUUAAGCUUCACUGUGCACUUACCUGCUCCAUAAUAUUUGAGGUUGGAGUUCUCUAGUUUGGAUCGUGCGUAUUACAUAUCUUAUUUCCCUUUUAAAAUUGGUGUUUUGUGAAAGGCUUGCCAAUCUUUAAAUUCAGCAUAGUAACUAUUGGGAACCUAAAUUAUUUUCA